CGUCCGUCUUCUCGCUACCCUACUUAGGACAGGACAAAAAUCAUGACAAUCACAUGACUUCCUGUUUCGGAAGGAAAUAGUUCCCAACAUGGCGGACCGUGUUGAAUUUCUUAGAAGGUUUCUUAUAUUUUUUGUAGCCUUUUUUUGUUUAUCAUUAGCGACUGUACCUCAGGAUCAACAAAGAAAGAUUACCAUCAAAAGCAUACCAUGUCCAACAAAUAUAGCAGGGUGCAAUAACACAACUUACAUUAUUCAUGUUAUCGCCGAGAGCACCGAUAAAAAGAAUUCCAUGCACUAUCUCUGGUCUGUCAUUGGCUCUCCAACGAUUAUUGCAGCUUACUUUGACUCUACAGAUGUUAAUGUAUCAAUUGAUUGGAAUCAGGUCUUGAUUAACAGCUCCACAAAGGGAAUGAUGUUUACUCGACCAAGUCUUUACAUCACUGCACUUGUUAUUCCAGCUAUUUAUGAAUUUCAGGAUAAAAAAGAUGAACUGUAUUACACUGAGAAAGAUAUUGGCAAAAUUGUAAAACAUGGCUUCCAGGAUAAGGUAACACACUGGGAAGAACCUGAAGUCGAUCACAAAAACAAUGUGACGACCUUUAGAGGGAAAAUGUUGGGAGGAACAGUUAUUUUCCAGGUAAGAGAUGACAGUAUUAAUUAUAAUUAAUAGUAAAGAUAAC